CGCCUUCAGUUACAAGUUGGAGCCUUGACAAUCAGGUUAAAAAGUCGAAAAGCCAAAAAAUUAUUCUGUUCACAAGUGUCUUCACCGUCCAGCCGUUCAGCAGGCUCACACACCCCGAAACCCCAGCUUCGAAAUGGCAUUCUGUGGCCACGUGAGCGCAUCCGGGGAAAUAGUCCUCGCAGACGAGGUCUUCAGCUCCAGGACGCGGGUCGGUCGGAGCUCCCCAUCCCUCGACUCUCCGCUCUCGCUCUCCUCGCCGGACUCGCUCCCCCAGAACACCAGUUCGCGCACCUACUCCAUCAAGGACAAAGGACGCCACUCGGCGGCGACUGACUGGUCGCCUACGUACGACGGACUGAAGCCGUCGGAGAGCCAGAACAACCUGGUGCCCUCGCUGUGCCUCAGCUCCCAGGAAAGCUCCGUCAACUACCUCAGACACGUGGAGGGCUUAAAGGUGGACAGCCAGCCAGAGGCGGCGUACGAGAACUGGUACUCGGCCAAGCAGCGGCAGCGGCUGGAGCGGCAGCGGCGGCUGAAGCGGGAGCGGGACUCCAAGCAGCGGAGUGCGGAGGAGCGCAAGCACUUGGCCCAGGCCUGCUACGACCAGUGGCUGAAGGACAAGGCCCGCCAGGCGGCGAGUCUCCAGCUGCAGACCCACCUGCAGACCGCCGCCGCGAAGGCCACGCUCGCGCUGGGCAGGAACCCCCUGAUGACGGCGUCCUCGUCGUCGGCAAAUGGCUCCAGCUUAACGGCGGCCAGCAGAUCCUCCCGCAAAGCCUCCCAGGAUGAGAUCCGCCAGGUGGUGGAGGACUGGUGGCUGAAGAAGCAGCAGCAGCAGCGGGCGCAGCGCGAAGAGAAGCGCCGCCACUUCCUGUCCAAGACUCUGGACGAGGAGAGGCGGAGGCGACUCGCCCAAGCCGCCUGGGAGAACUGGAUGAGCACCGUGGACGCCAAGCCCAGGCCGGUGCCCCUCAACCAGGGAAUGGACUCGCUGCGGGGCACCGUCUCGAAGCUCUACGUGAACCCCACUCCCUGGAUCGGGCCCAUGAAGCCAGCGAAGAAAUAGACCGCCCACUAUUCACUCCGUUCAGAUUACUUUGUCGACCCAAACAUUAGAGAUUCAAAUUACGCGAAGAUCGUUUAAAAUGCAGAAACAGUGUUAGUUGAGCUUAUUAAGUACGUAAAAAAGAUGGUUACAUAGUAAAUGGUUGAACUGUUCGCUAUUA